ACAAACUGUUUUCUUCUCGGUGUCUCUAAACAUGACCGCGUGCAACUAAACUGCUUACGCCAACAAAUUGCAAAACAAGUUAGAAGAAGGCAAAUACUGGUAGCAGAAGCGUUUCUCAUUCUCUCGUGUUUGGGAAGGAACGUUACCUUCCAUGCCACACUUUGAAAUUCACACCAAGCAUACAAGCGAACGAGUUUCCUCGCCCCUAGCGCUGCGGUGCCCACGCGGAGAGCUGUUGGCUGCCCACUCUCUACGCUACUGAGGAAGCCUGCCGCUGUCCCUCUCUCCCCUUCUCCUCCGGCUGUCCGCUUGUUUAGUGACUGACUGGCCAGCACCAAUUGCCAGCAUUCUUUUGAGCGCUCAUUGCUUAUGUGUGUCACAUCGCAGCGCUAUUCCCUCGCACGCCCCUCUCCUCGCUAAUCAACCACCCUCCCCCUUCUCCUCCCCUCCUCCUCUUCGCCGUGCCUUUUUUUUUUAUCUAAAGAAGAUUGGCUCCUUUCUCAUUGAGCUCUUCUCUCAGCGGGGCCAAAUCUGAAGAUAAAAAAGAGUCAAUGCGCGGCAGCUCUUUCAGCGAGUUUGCGUCCCGCUUCUUGCGAGUGUUUCGUUUGUGGACUAACGGAGUAAUGAAUGGAAGGAUGGGAAGACAGACGGUGCCGUGCACUUGGAAGUAAUUUGGACGGAGUUGGAUCUGUACUGUUUGCGUUAGGUCCCCUGAAUGAACACACGCACACUCGGAGAAGCAGAGUACAGCGCAAAGCUUGUCCCUGAAGUGCGUGCCAGUGAUUUGCACCCAGCACAAGGGUGAUGUGCGCGUGCUGCGCCUCUCAGUCAAGGAUAGAAGAAUGAUGGGAUGGCGUUAAAUAUGGGCCACAGGGCAGACACACAGGCCCUUUUCCUCCGCCUUGCCCUCCUGUUUCUCUGUUUGGCGUGCUGCUGGUGCCAGGGCCUCCAGGACUCCAUUGUUUUGCCCACUUUUCACUUCACACAUCCACUUUACAAUGCCACCGUCUAUGAGAACUCUGCUGCGCGGACCUAUGCCAACAGUAAAAUUAAAAUGGGAAUUACCAUUGUGCAUCGCUCAUGGGAUAUAAAGUACAGAAUCAUUUCAGGAGAUGAAGAAGGCUUUUUUAAAGCAGAGGAAUUUGUAAUGGGAGACUUUUGUUUUCUCAGAAUUAGGACUAAAGGUGGAAAUUCAGCCAUUUUGAACCGUGAGAUUCAGGAUAAUUAUUUGCUCAAUAUAAAAGCCUCUGUUCGAGGAGAAGACUUGGAAGCGUGGACUAAAGUGAAUAUACAGGUUUUAGACAUGAAUGACCUUCGACCUUUGUUCUCACCCACGACGUACUCUGUAACGAUAGCUGAGAGCACCCCACUAAGAACUAGUAUUGCUCAAGUGACGGCAACAGAUGCUGACAUUGGAUCCAAUGGAGAGUUUUAUUAUUUCUUCAAGGAAAAGGUUGACACUUUUUCCGUUCACCCCACCAGUGGCAUCAUUUCUUUGAGUGGCAGGUUAAACUCUGAUGAGAAAAACAGAUAUGACCUGGAAAUCCUGGCAGUUGACCGUGGAAUGAAGCUUUAUGGGAACAAUGGAGUGAGCAGCACAGCCAAACUCUUUAUUCACAUUGAACGUAUCAAUGAGCAUGCCCCCACUUUAAGAACUGUCACUCACACCCCCUCACUUCUUGAUAUAGAUCCUACCUUUGCAGUUGUUAUGGUUGAAGACCUGGAUGAGGGUGCAAAUGGAGAAAUAGAGUCUCUAUCGAUUGUGGCUGGUGACCCUUUGGAUCAGUUUCGUUUGGUCAAGGUGUCUGGGAGCAAUGAAUAUAGAAUAAAAGCAACCAAAACAGUGGACUGGGAUCAUUUUCCUUAUGGCUACAAUUUAACGCUUCAGGCUAAGGACAAAGGCGCCCCACAGAAGUUUUCAGCAGUAAAGGUUGUACAUUUAUUUGUUGACAGACCCAAACCUGUGGAAGUUAAGUUUGAAAAAAGGGAAUACAAAGUGAAGCUUAGUGAGGUUUCACCACCUGGAGUUACUGUGGCUCUAGUCAAACUUUCCCCUGAGCCCCCUGAUGUGGAAUAUCGACUGAGUCCUAGUGAGGAUUCUCAGUCUUUUGCAAUAAACUCUCUUACUGGCCUAAUCACUACCACCCAAAAAUUUGAUAUCUUGACAAAGGAACACUUUGAGCUAGAAGUAAUGGAACUGGAAACCCAAUUGAAAACCAAAGUUAGUAUAACAGUGGAGGAUGCCAACAACCAUACUCCUGUUUUUGUGCAACCAUCAUAUGAAUGCUUUGUGAAUGAAAGUAUAGCUGUUGGCACAAAUAUUUUGACUGUUUCUGCCACAGACAGUGAUAGAGGGGAAAAUGGAUAUAUAACCUACAGUAUUGCCACUCUUCAGUCACUGCCAUUUGCAAUUAAUCAGUUUACGGGUGCUAUUAGCAUUGACAGUGAGCUUGAUUUUGAAUCAUCAUCAGAGAGUUUCACGUUUGUGGUCAGGGCUUCAGACUGGGGGUCACCUUAUAGACGUGAAAGUGAAGUUAAUAUCACCGUGCACCUGGAAAAUGUUAAUGAUAACAAGCCACUAUUUGAAAAAAUUGCCUGCCAAGGGGUUAUCUCCCAGGAUUUCCCUGUUGGUGGACAGAUAACAACAGUUUCAGCAAUAGACAUUGAUGAAAUGGAACUUGUCAAGUACAAAAUCCUCUCUGGAAAUGAGCAAGGUUUCUUUGACUUGAAUCCUGACUCUGGGGUUCUAUUGCUGAUGAAGCCACUGAUCACAGCCAAAGUCAAAAAUGGGGUUUUUAAUUUAAAAAUUAUAGCCACUGAUGGGGAGAACUUUUCUGACCCAAUGUUUGUGAACAUUUCCAUUGUUCAUGGCAAAGUGUCCUCAAAAAGUUUCAGCUGUAGGGAAACAAGAGUUGCCCAAAAACUUGCAGAAAAACUCAUGAAGAAGGCUAAAGCUAACACUGCUCCGAAAAUUGAAGAUGCUUUUAUAGAUCUGUAUUCAGUCAACAGGCAAACACCACAGUUUGACAAGUCCUUCCCAUCCGAAAUUUCAGUCCAGGAAGAUCUCCCAGUUGGAGCCAGUGUUUAUCAGAUCAAAGCUUGGGAUGGUGAUACCGGUUUCAAUGGCCAGGUAAUGUUUGUAAUCACUGAUGGAAAUAAGGAUAGCUGUUUUGAUAUUAAUAUGGAGUCUGGCUUAAUGAGCGUCUUAAUUCCAAUGGACCGUGAAAGAGUAGAUCGGUAUCUUUUGAAUAUAACCAUUUAUGAUCUUGGUUCACCUCAGAAAGCAACUUGGAGACUAUUAACAGUCAAUAUAGCAGAUGCAAAUGAUAACACUCCCCAGUUUUUACAGGAGAGCUACUCUGUUAUUCUUCCUGAAAAUACAAUACUUGGAACAGAAGUUGUUCAGGUUGAGGCUACUGACAAGGACCUGGGGCCAAAUGGGAAAAUUUCCUACAGCAUAAUAUCUAGCAUGACACCGUUUGCAGUUAACAGCUCUACUGGAAUAAUUUAUGUUGCAGGACAGCUUGACAGAGAGCUAAAAGAAAGUUAUCAUCUUAAAGUUGAGGCACGUGAUAAAGCAGAGAAGGGCCACCAAAGGUACUCAGUGGUUAGCGUGAAGAUUUCCUUAGAUGAUAUCAAUGACUGCCCACCCAUUUUUAUCCCAAAUGGCUACAGUGCUAAGAUCUUGGAAGAUCUCCCUAUUGGCACAGUCAUAGCCUGGCUGGAAACCCAAGAUCCAGACUUGGGCGUCGGAGGCCAGGUUAGAUAUUCUUUAGCAAAUGAUUAUAAUGGAAGAUUUGAGAUUGACAAAGCCAGUGGAGUGAUCCGUCUUGGGAAAGAGCUGGAUUAUGAAAAACAACAAUUUUAUAAUCUAACAGUGCGGGCAAAAGACAAAGGUCGUCCCACUUCACUCCUUUCUGUGUCAUUUGUGGAGGUAGAAGUGGUGGAUGUUAAUGAAAACUUUUAUGCUCCUUACUUUUUGGAUUUUGCACUUAUGGCAUCAGUGAAAGAAAAUGCCCGGAUUGGUACCAGUGUUCUUCAGGUUACUGCAAGGGAUGAUGACAUUGGAAGAGAUGGUGAGAUCCAGUAUUCCAUUCGGGAUGGGAGUGGACUUGGAAGAUUCACUAUUGAUGAAGAGACAGGUGUAAUAUAUACAGCUGACAUGCUUGAUCGAGAAACAACACCAUCCUACUGGCUCACAGUCUAUGCCACUGACCACGGUGUUAUUCCUCUGUAUGCCACAAUUGAAAUUUAUAUAGAGGUGGAGGAUGUAAACGACAAUGCACCUCUGACUUCAGAACCCAUCUACCACCCAUCUGUGAUGGAAAACUCCCCAAAGGAUGUAUCUGUGAUUCAGAUCCAGGCCCAUGAUCCAGAUACCAACUCGGGAGAUAAGCUGACUUUUCGCAUAUCCAGUGGAAAUCCACAGAAUUUUUUUGUUAUAAACUCCAAGACAGGUCUAAUUACCACAACAUCCCGAAAACUAGACCGUGAACAGCAGGCAGAACAUGUUUUAGAGGUGACUGUCAUGGAUGGAGGUCCCUCUCCUCGGCAGUCCACCGUCUGGGUGGUAGUCCAUGUCCAAGAUGAAAAUGAUAACAAGCCUCAGUUUGCUGAAAAAGUUUAUCAGAUUAAACUUCCAGAGCGUGACCGUCGUAAAAGAGGAGAUCCCAUAUACAGAGUGUUUGCUUACGACAAGGAUGAGGGAACCAAUGCUGAAAUUUCAUAUAGCAUAGUGGAUGGCAAUGAUGAUGGGAAAUUUUUUAUUGAUCCUAAAACCGCCGUAGUGUCCUCCAGGAAGCAAUUCACAGCUGGCAGUUAUGAUAUUCUCACGAUAAAAGCUGUAGACAAUGGUCGACCUCAAAAGUCUUCAACAGCUCGUCUGCACAUUGAAUGGAUUAAAAAGCCUGAUCCAUCUCCUGUGUCACUCAACUUUGACGAACCCUUCUACAAUUUCACUGUCAUGGAGACUGACAAGGUGACAGAGAUUGUGGGUGUGGUCUCCGUGCAGCAGGCAGUUACGCCACUCUGGUUCGAUAUUGUAGGUGGCAAACAUGCUCGAGAGAUGUUCUAUAUUCUUCAGACAUCUUGUGGCCAGAAUUGUUCAACUGAAGGUGGAAACUAUGACAGCAUGUUUGACAUUGAGAAAGGUGUUGGAACUAUUGUCAUUGCAAAACCUUUGGAUGCAGAACAGAAGUCCAUCUAUAAUAUGACAGUUGAAGUUACCGAUGGAGUGAACGUUGCUAGUACACAGGUGUUUAUCAGAGUUUUAGACAACAAUGAUAAUGGCCCCAUCUUCUCUCAGCAUAGCUAUGAAGUCACCAUUUCAGAGGAUACUAUUCCAGACACAGAAAUCCUCCAUGUCAUUGCCAGCGACAAAGAUGAGAAGCAUAAGCUGAGCUAUUCAAUUCACAGCAGCAUUGACCCUGUCAGCAUGCGCAUGUUUCGUAUUGAUCCCAGCACUGGAAUUAUUUACUCAGCGGAGAGGCUUGAUCGUGAGGUUCGGUCCCAGCAUAUACUCACUGUAAUGGUCAGAGACCAAGAGUUUCCUUAUAGGCGGAAUUUGGCAAGAGUCUUUUUGACUGUUGAUGAUGCAAAUGACCAUGCCCCAUACUUCACUAGCACUUUAUAUGAGGGUUCCAUGUUUGAGUCUGCAGCCAUUGGCUCUGCUGUCCUUCAAGUGACAGCUUUGGACCGAGAUAAAGGAGAAAAUGCAGAGCUCCGCUUUUCAAUAGAAGCUGGUAAUACAGGAAAUACAUUCAAAAUUGAUCCUGUACUGGGUAUCAUUUCAGUUGCCAAAGAGCUUGAUGUGUCCUCCAUUGGCCAUUACGUCAUCACAGUGAAAGUCAGUGAUCAUGGAUCUCCACCGUUAGGAGCCACAACCAUGGUCCGGAUCUCAGUAACUAUCUCUGAUAAUUCCCACCCUAAAUUUCCCCAUAAAGAAUACCAGGCAGAAGUGAAUGAAAAUGUGUCAGUUGGUACUUCUGUUGCAACAAUAACAGCACUGAGCCAAUCUACUCUAAUUUAUGAGAUCAAAGCUGGUAAUACUGAAAGAACUUUUAAAAUCAAUCAGUAUGCAGGAGUGAUAACUACACAAAGAAAUCUUGAUUUUGAACAUAUUUCUUCAUAUGCUUUAGUUGUUCAAGGAACUAACAUGGCAGGUAUGUCUUCAAAUGUGACUGUUAACAUCCAGGUACUUGAUGAAAACGAUAACCCUCCUGUCUUCCAGCAAUCCAAGUAUACUGGAAUUAUAAGUGAGGCUGUACCCAUCAAUAGUGUUGUCAUGAGCACCAAUGAUCUUCCACUUCUGAUAAAAGCCACAGAUGCAGACCAAAAUCAGAAUGCACUCCUUGUUUACGAGAUUGUUGAAGAUACAGCCAGAAUGUUUUUCUCAGUGGACUCAAGCACAGGAUCUGUGAGAACUAUUGCCAGUUUAGAUGCAGAAACAAUUGCAAGCUUUCACUUCCAUGUACAUGUUAGAGAUAGUGGGAGACCACAACUGACAGCAGAAAAUCCAGCUGAAGUAAUCAUAGAGGUGACUGACACAAAUGACUCUCCUCCAAAGUUUUCUCAGGAGGUGUAUGAAACUGUUAUGUUACUUCCAACAUACACAGGAGUUGAGGUGUUGCAGGUUUCUGCUACUGAUCCAGAUGUUCAAGUUCCAACUCAGCUGGCAUACUCCCUAUUUGAAACAGAGACCAAUAAUUUUUUAAUGGAGCCAAAGAGUGGAGUUCUUACAGUAAGAAAUAAUAGCUUUACAAAGGAUCGGUAUCAGCUGCAUGUCAAGGUUUCUGAUGGAAAAUUUUUCAACACUGCAAUAGUGAACAUUUUAGUUAAGGAAACCAUUGAAAGUGGCCUCUACUUUACUCAUAGCAUGUACUCUACAUCAAUCCCAGAAAAUAAUGCUAAUAUAACAAAAGUUGCAGUUGUGAAUGCUAUAGGAAACCGCUUGAAUGAACCCCUCAAGUACAGUAUUUUAAAUUCAGGUAACAAGUUUAAAAUUAAACCAACAUCAGGAGUGAUUCAGACCACUGGAAUUCCAUUUGAUCGCGAAGAACAGGAAAUCUAUGAGCUGUUGGUUGAAGCAAGCCGUGAGCAUGACCAUCUGCGUGUUGCUAGGGUAGUCAUUAAAGUUCAGGUUGAAGACAUCAAUGAUAAUGUACCAGUCUUUGUAGGACUUCCUUACUAUGCUGCCGUUCAGGUAGAUGCUGAACCUGGGGCUCCAAUCUAUCGAGUCACAGCAUUUGAUCAAGAUAAAGGCAUUAAUGGGGAAGUAUCCUACUUCCUCAAGAAUGACCACAAGCACUUUGAAAUUAAUAGGCACACUGGUGAAGUCACCUUGAAAGAAGCAUUUGAAUCUGACCUGUCAAAUACUGAUUACCAUGUCACCGUAAUUGCAAAGGAUAGUGGGAGCCCACCACUCUCUGCCUCUGUUGAACUCCCAAUCACAGUGGUGAACAAAGCCAUGCCAGUUUUUGAUAAGCCUUUCUAUGCAACAUCUGUUAAUGAAGAUAUUGAAGCACAUACUCCCAUUUUGAGUAUCAAUGCCACCAGUCCUGAAGGUCAGAACAUUAUAUAUACUAUUGUAGAGGGUGAUCCUUAUAACCAGUUUAACAUUGAUUUUGACACAGGUGUUUUAAGCGUUAUUAGUUUGUUAGAUUAUGAGGUCACCCCCAGCUUUAGGCUUACUGUAAAGGCAACUGACUCGCUUACUGGGGCCAGAGCUGAGGUGACUGUUGACAUUGCUGUGCAAGAUAUUAAUGAUAACCCACCGGUUUUUGAAAAAUCUACGUACAAAGCCACCUUGCAAGAAACGUCCAUGAUUGGGACUCCUGUUGUUCAAGUUUUGGCUACAGACAAGGACUCCGGUAACAACCGACUGAUAUAUUAUCAGAUUGUUCCAGAUUCAUACAACAGUACAGAGUACUUUCAUAUUGACAGCAGUAGUGGACUUGUGCUGACGGCAAGGAGUUUAGACCAUGAACUGAUACAGCGAUAUGAUCUUCUCAUCAGAGCUACGGAUAAUGGAUUUCCAUCUUUGAGUAGUGAUGUGUUAGUCACUGUUUACGUCAGUGAUAUGAAUGAUAAUCCUCCCAUCUUUAAUCAGCUGCUGUAUGAGUCCUUUGUAAGUGAACUUGCUCCCAAAGGCCAUUUUGUCACCUGUGUGCAAGCAUCAGAUGCAGAUAGCUCAGAUGCUGAAAACCUGGAAUACAGUAUCUUGUCUGGAAAUGACCGUAUGUACUUCGUUAUGGACAGGAAAUCAGGUGUCAUCACUUUAUCCAAUAACAGAAAGCAGAGGAUAGAUCCCAUUUACAGCCUGAAUGUCUCUGUGUCUGAUGGUGUGUUCACAAGCACAGCACAAGUACACAUCACUGUUCUAGGUGCAAAUCUUUAUACUCCUAUGUUUUCUCAAAGCGUUUAUGUGGCAGAAGUUCGAGAAAAUGCAGCUGUAGGAUCCAAAGUCAUCCAAGUUAAAGCUACUGAUGCAGAUUCAGGAUCUUUUGGUGAAGUUACCUACUCUUUUGUCAAUGACAUUGGGAAAAAUCAAUUUUCAAUUGAUAACACUGGUCAAGUCACCACGCAGGAAAAGCUUGACAGAGAAAAUCCUUUGGAUGGAGGUAUUAUUACGAUAAUGGCUGCUGAUGGGGGUGGGAGAGCAUCCUUUUGCACCAUUAGGAUAAUUCUGAUUGAUGAGAAUGAUAAUGCUCCUCAGUUUCGCGCUUUAGAGUACAGAGCAAGCCUGAAAGCAGAUGUAGGAAAAGGUUUUCUUGUUACACAAGUGCAAGCCUUUGACCCAGAUGAUGGAGCCAAUGCACGGAUAACCUACUCCUUGUAUAGUGAGGCACAUGUUCCUGUUGCAGAUAUUUUGGAAAUUGAUCCAGACAAUGGAUGGAUGGUCACCAAAGGAAGUUUCAGUCAUCUCAAAAAUUCAAUCCUCUCUUUCUUUGUGAAAGCAGUAGAUGGUGGUAUUCCAAUGAAACAUUCUCUUAUUCCUGUUUAUAUCCAUGUUUUACCUCCAGAGAGUACCAUUCCUUCCUUCACUCAACCUCAGUAUUCCUUUACUAUCCCCGAAGACACUCCAAUAGGUGCCAUUAUUGGUUCUGUCUACCUAACGCCAGGACCCCCAGUAAUCUUUAGCACCAUAAAUGGUAUUUUGAGUGAAAAUAAUCAUCAGGAUGUGUUUGUCAUUGAAAAAGAUACUGGGACUCUAAAGUUGGACAAAGCUAUUGACCAUGAAGUCACUGAGGUGUUUCAUUUUAAAGUGUCAGCCACAUUAAAACAAGGUCGAAUAGAUGCAAUAUCUAUUGUCGAUGUGGAAAUUAAAAUCUUAGAUUUAAAUGAUAACAAGCCUAUGUUUGAUGCAAAUCCUUAUGAAGCAAUUUCAAUGGAAGGAAUACCCCUUGGAACCAGAAUAAUUCAGGUCAGAGCUCUGGACCCAGACUGGGGUGCAAAUGGACAAGUAACAUACAGCCUGGCACCUCUUGAUUCAUCUGUUUCAAACCUUGCAGAUAGCUUUACUAUUGAUAGCAAUACUGGAUGGAUCAGCACCUUGAAAGACCUUGAUCAUGAGCAGCAUCCUUCUUACACCUUUGCCGUGGUAGCCUCAGACCUUGGAGAGACCAUUUCACUUUCUUCCACAGCAACUAUCUCAGUAGCCAUAACAGAUAUGAAUGACAAUGCGCCAAAUUUUUCUUAUGAUGUUUAUAAAGGCAUGGUGAAGGAAAGUGACCCUCCAGGGGAAGUGGUAGCUGUUUUAAAAACACAAGAUGAUGACACAUCUGAUAUAAACCGCCAAGUCAGCUUCCAUAUAACAGGGGGAAAUCCAAAAGGAAAGUUUGCUCUGGGGCUGGUUCAGAAUGAAUGGAAAGUCUAUGUGAAGAGACCAUUGGAUCGAGAAGAUCAAGAUCUGUACCUGCUGAACAUCACUGCAACAGAUGGAUUGUUUGUCACACGGACAAUGAUUGAAGUUGCCGUUACUGAUGCUAAUGAUAACAGCCCUGUCUGUGACCAGGCAUUGUACAGUGCUUCAUUCUUGGAAAAUAUACUCCCCAAUGAAAUUAUUCUGAGGGUACGAGCUGAAGAUGCUGACAUUGGUUCCAAUGCAGAAAUCCAGUACUCAUUACAUGGACAUGGAGCAGAUGAUUUCUUUUUGGAUCCUGAAAAUGGCGAACUAAAAACCUUGUCACCUUUGGAUCGGGAGGACACCCCUGUGUAUAACUUGAUCGCCAAAGCUGAAGACGGAGGAGGCCGUUACUGCCAGUCAGAGAUAGUCCUUUCUGUGGGGGAUGUAAAUGACAAUCCUCCUGUGUUCUCCAGUGAUCAUUACACAGCAUGCAUAUAUGAGAACACUGCCACAAAAGCCUUACUAACCAGACUGCAGGCAACUGAUUCAGAUGAAGGCAUGAACAGGAAGGUGAUGUAUUCGUUAGAGGAUUCGGCCAAUGGACACUUCUCCAUUGAUAAGUCAUCUGGAAUCAUCGCUCUGGAGAAGUCACUGGACCGGGAGCUGCAGAGCUCAUAUAACAUAACAGUUAAGGCUUCUGAUGAGGGUGCCCCUAUCAAACUGUCAUCUCUGGUCACAGUCACAAUCACUGUGCUGGACAUCAAUGAUAAUCCACCAGUAUUUGAAAGGAGGGACUAUUUAGCAACAGUUCCUGAGGACAUUGCUCCAGGCAUGAAAGUUUUGACUGUUUUUGCAACAAGCCAGGAUAUUGGCACCAACGCAGAAAUUUUCUACAGCAUCCGCUCUGGAAAUGAGCAUGGAAAAUUCCUUAUUGAUUCCAAGUCAGGAGUAAUUUCAGUUUAUAAAGAGCUGGACUUUGAAACAUGUAAAGAUUACUUCCUGACAGUGGAAGCCAAAGACGGAGGUACCCCACCUCUAAGUGCUGUUACUACAGUGAACAUCAACCUGACGGAUAUAAACGACAAUGCACCAAUGUUCAGCCAAGAUAUCUACAGUGCUGUGAUCAGCGAAGACUCAUCCAUUGGGGAUUCAGUUGUCAGGUUAACGGCUGAGGAUGCAGACAGUCCUGUAAAUGGGCAGAUUCUUUUUUCUAUUGUAAGUGGAGAUCGGGAAAAUCAGUUUUUCAUUGAUCCAAUGAGCGGUCUAAUGAAGGUCAAUAAACACCUUGAUAGAGAGAUGGUCUCUGGAUAUUCACUGACUGUGCGGGCUUUGGACAGUGGCUCACCAGCUAUGUCAUCCACUGUGGUGGUGAACAUUGAUAUCUCUGAUGUUAAUGACAACCCUCCACUCUUCUUGCCAUCUAAUUACACUGCCGUAAUUCAGGAAAAUAAGCCUAGAGAUACCAGCAUUGUCCAGCUUUCUGUGACAGACAGGGACUCCUCCCAAAAUGGUCCUCCUUUUCAGUUUGAUAUUCUGUCUGGAAAUGAUGGAAAGGAAUUUACACUGGAGCCAAAUGGAGUUUUGAAAUCCAACAUGAUCUUUAGGCAAGAAGAUGCAACCGAAUAUGUUCUUCAUGUUCAGGCCAAAGAUUCAGGGAAGCCUCAGCUUUCUUCAACUGCCUACAUCUUUGUUCGUGUUAUUGAGGAGAGCAUCCAUAAGCCAGUUGCCAUUCCUCUGGAGAUAUAUAUUGUGACAAUGGAAGAUGAGUUUCCAGGAGGAGUCAUUGGCAAAAUCCAUGCCACAGACCAGGAUGUCUAUGAUGUUCUUACUUUCUCCCACAAAUACCAACAGAAAAGUCUAUUUAAGAUCAAUGGUAAAGAUGGGAAGAUAAUUGCACUGGGGGGAUUGGAUACAGGAAAGUAUGUCUUAAAUGUAACAGUGAGUGAUGGACGUUAUACUGUGCCUGUGGAUGUUAUUAUCCAUGUGGAGCAGGUAACACCUGACAUGCUUCAAAACUCAGUCACCAUUCGCUUUGAGAGCGUGUCACCAGAAGAUUUUGUUGGACUUCACCUCAGAGGUGUCAAACGAACUCUUCGAAACAUUGUAUCCUCACAGAAGCAAGACAUCCUUCACAUCCUAAGUAUCCAACCAGUGUCAGGGACAAGUCAGCUUGACAUGUUAUUUGCUAUACAAACUCAAGGUGGAGGGUUCUACAAAGCAGCCUACCUCACCCAGAAGCUCAGUGCCUCCAGGAGACAUUUGGACAAUGUGCUCCGUAUCUCUGCCAUCUUGGAUAAAAACUGUUCAGGACUGGAAUGUCAAGAACAACUUUGUGAGCAAACCAUCUCUUUGGAUUCACACUCCCUGGUGACCUAUAGCACUGCCAGAAUCAGUUUUGUGUCACCCCGCUUCUACCGGAACACCAGAUGCAGCUGCAGUGGUAGUGCUUGUCCUGGAGUUUCUGAACCAUGUGAAGACAAUCCAUGUCCAGGAGACAUGCAGUGCGUUGGAAUGAGGACUAGCCGCAGGCCUUUUGCCUGUCAGUGCCCCUCUGGCAAACUGGGAGACUGUGCAGGUCACACAUCCCUCAGUUUCUCAGGUAACAGCUACAUUAUGUACCGGGUCUCAGACAUUCAUAAGCCCAGUGAACUAAAGCUAGGAUUACGCUUGAGGACUCUGCAGAGCAAAGGCAUCAUCAUGUACACAAGAGCAGAUCACUGCAUUAUCCUCAAGAUUGAAGAUGGCAAACUUUGGUUCCAGUUGGACUGUGGCAACAGCCCAGGAAUUCUGGGAAUCUCAGGAAGGACUAUUAAUGAUGGGAACUGGCACUCUGUAUUUCUGGAGCUUAACCGCAAUUUCACAAGCCUGUCAUUGGAUGAUAUUUAUGUGGAACGCCGCAGGGCCCCUUUUCAUUUCCAGCCUCUCGGCACGGAUGGGUCUAUAUAUUUUGGUGCACAGGUGCAUCCACCAAAUGCAAGAAGCCUGACAGAUAAGAAAAGUCCUCAGGUCCUGGGUGGUUUCCAGGGUUGCCUGGACUCAGUCACUUUGAACAACAAUGAGCUGCCACUUCAGAACAAACGCAGCCACUAUGCAGAAGUUCUAGGACUGACAGAGCUGAAGCUGGGCUGUGUGCUCUACCCUGAUGCCUGCAGAAGAAAUCCUUGCAAGAACGGUGGAACUUGUGCAGCCCUGCCAUCUGGUGGUUUUGAGUGUAGUUGUACCACCCAGUUCACAGGAGGACACUGUGAGACAGAAAUUACCUCUUGUUAUCCAAACCCAUGUCAGAACGGUGGUACCUGCACUCCACUAGGAAGCUCAUUUCACUGCAGCUGCAGACAAGGGAUUAUAGGACUCACGUGUGAAGAAGAUGUCAACGAAUGUGAAACUGAGGUGUGUGAAAAUGGUGGAAACUGUGUCAACACAUUUGGCUCCUUCUACUGCAAUUGCACCCCAGGCUAUGUGGGUCAACACUGCGGACUCAGACCAGUGGUGGUCCCCAAUAUCCAAGCAGGCCAUUCUUAUGUUGGCAAGGAGGAGCUCAUUGGCAUUGCUGUAGUGCUAUUUGUCAUUUUUGUUCUUAUUAUUUUGUUCAUUGCCUUCAGAAAAAAAGUAUUUCGUAAAAACUACUCAAGGAAUAACAUUACCUUAGUCCAGGACCCAGCUACAGCUGCUCUUCUCAAUAAAGCCAAUGGCAUUCAGUUCAAGAACUUAAGGAACAAUACUGACCCUCGUAACAUCUAUCAAGAUCCUGGGGGGCCACCACAGGUGCCUGUGCGACCCAUGGCUUACACACCAUGUUUCCAGAGUGACUCUCGGAACAACUUGGACAAGAUUGUGGACAGCUUAGGUGUGGAGCACACGGAGAUGACCACUUUUCAUCCAGAGUCUCCUCGGAUACUUACCACACGGAGAGGUGUAGUGGUAUGCAGUGUGGCUCCCAAUCUGCCUCCAGUGUCGCCCUGUCGCUCAGACUGUGAUUCCAUCAGAAAGACUGCCUGGGAAGUGGAUACAGAAGGUAAAAUGGUAGAUGUGGUUGAAGAAGUAACUUGCUUUUCAGGCAGUAAUAAGGGCAGCAAUUCAGAGGUCCAGUCUCUGAGCUCCUUCCAGUCAGACUCUUGUGAUGACAAUGCUUCCAUAGUGACCGUCAUAAGACUAGUCAACGAUGCUGUUGACACAAUCGAAAAUGAAGUGUCUGUCAUGGAUCAAGGGCAGAACUACAACAGAGCUUAUCACUGGGACACUUCAGACUGGAUGCCAGGUACCCGUUUGCCAAACAUUGAAGAGGUGCCCAAUUAUGAGGCUGGGGAUGGCUCUUCAGCACCUAUGGGCAGCAGCAGAGAACUGGAAACAGACUAUUACCUUGGAGGCUAUGAUAUUGACAGUGAUUUCCCUCCACCUCAUGACGAAGUGUUUCUAAGCCAGGAUCAGCUUCCACCUCCUCUUCCUGAAGAAUACCAGGACCAUUAUGAUACCUUGCCCGCUCCUCAGCCUGCCUCAGUGGAAAGCACUUUGAGCAGCAGCAGUAGCCGUCAGCGGCCACAGUUCCACCCCAGUCAGUACCUCCCUCCACAUCAGUUCCCUGGUGACAUGGAGACCUUGGGAGGACAAACAGCAGAAGAUUUCAGCAGUUUUUCCAGAGGCUCUCAGCAAGGCCUAGAAACAGACAGUGCGGACAAUGGGGACAACCUGUCCAUGAGGCUGUCCACGAAUGCCUCCUCUUCUGAUGUUUCUGCCAUCUGCGGCUUUGACUCCGAAGCAGCAGUAAGUGACUUUGAGAGCAUAGAAGAUGCGAACUUUGACAAUAUUCACAUCCCUUUUAUGGAAACUCAACAGCAGACCCAGGUGUGACAUAUGCAGUCUCGAUUAAAGCAGAAGCACCUUUGUAGGUAAUAUGUCCCUAUAGGAACAAGAACUAAUAUGGUCGACUUGGUGUAAAAUACAGGAAAAAACUUUGAAGAAAAGCACGCGAGUAUUUAGGAAUCUGGAACCAUUGAACUCUGUCACCUCCUGCCUGCUGCUAGUUUUCUAAUGAUUGCUGUGUUACCUUAAGCACAUAUUAACUGGACAAAAAAACAAGUAAAACACGCAAUCGUUGAGCCUGUAAUACUGAAGGAAAGCAGAGCAGCACAUUUCUUGACAAUCAGGUAAUGUUACAGCUUCCAAGGGAUCAUCUGUUGUCUGCACGCAAGCGUGUAGCGGGUCCGUCAAGCUAUUAAACCACUUUUAACAUAGCAUGUCUGUGCCAAAACCAGACAAACGGGCAUUCAUUCAUAUCUCAAAAGAUAAAUAAAUGAAUAAAUACGAAAGCGCUGUCAUGGAAACUCAACACAUUUUUGUGUUCUCCUAAGGAUACUAAGAUUUUGAACUUCUUAUUUCUUCAUUCAAAUGUUUACAGCCUUCAUUAUAGACGGCUUGCUAACUUUUCUCCUCCAUGAUGUUUAAAUUGUAUUUCAACAAAACAGGUUCAUUUUUAAAAGUUUACAUUGAUAGAAAUUGCCAAAAGGAAAUCACACAGGAGAACCACACACAGGAGGGUUUGCCUUUUUAAAGGGAGUGACGUCUAACUCCACGCUUAAUUAUAGAAACCGUGUAAAGUAUAUUGGCAGAGGGGCUCGGUUUGAACCAUUUUCCUAUUUCUUUGUUCAAGGAGUGCAAAAAGGUCCAAGAAUGUUUACAAAUGGGACAAGACCUUGAAGUUUGUUUGUUUGUGUGUUUGUUUUUUUGGGUUAUUGACUAGUUCUGUCGUUCUAAUCCCUUCUUCAUCCGGCUCUAGAAGUAUUCAUGUCGACUGCUUAAAUGGAAAGUUUCUUCCAGAUCUCCACUCUUACUGCAGCUUUCAAUAUCAUACACUUGUUAUAUCUCACAUUUCUCUAUGUUACAGAAUUAAUUGUAUGCUAUUUUAUUGUAAAGAUACAAAGCUAAGUGUGUGUGACUUGAUUUAAAACAGCACAAGGUGACAACAAUGUAAAGGGAAAUUUUCAAUUUAAUUUAUUCUUAUAAAAUGCCUGUUACUCAUCUGAAUCAUGGAGCUGCACACAUUUACAAAUUUACAUAGCCAAACAGUGUUAGCCAUUUUCAAUAAAACUGGAUCAUAAUGUAACAGCAUAUUAAUAACUACAAUGAAAAUUUAAGGCCACCAGGCAGUGAGAAGGGAAAGCCGAAAUCCAGUUUUUUAGAGAGCCCCCUCUCUGGGCACUCCAGCAAUACGCCAUAGUACAAGCACACCAGAAACAUUCCACCUGUCAUCUCAAGCGGAUUCCACACUCAGCCUACUGAAGGGCCUGCCUGAGAUUCCCUCCUCAUCAACGCACCGUCUAAAAAUGCUCUAUUCUUCCGUCUGUCCUGCAUUUCUUUUUCAUGGAUUUCAUAACAUUGGUCUUGAUGCGCAUUGUAAAAAGAGACUAUUGUGAUAUAAAUUACAUUAAACAGCAGUGUACUAGAGGGCAAUUACUGUAGUGGACCAUGCACACUUUCUGUGCAUUUCUUAUAAACUGCAUUGUGAAAAGUAACUCAGUAGAAGUCAAUAGCAGCGUUUUAUUAGAAGCAAUGCUAUCGGGCUCUGUUUGGAGAGAUGACCAACUACAACAACAUCGGAGCCAGUGGUGGGAGAUAAAACAAUGUCCUUUGUGACUUUUACCGCAGUGUUUUUCUUAGUACAGUGGAACCUCUAGAUACGAGUUUAAUUCAUUCCAGCACUGAGCUUGUAUAGCGAAUUUCUCGUAUCUAGAACAAACAUCCCCAUUGAAAAUAAUGGAAAUCCAGUUAAUCCGUUCCGCAUCCCAAAUAUAUUAACAUAAAAAUCAAUUUUCCUAACAAAUAACACUGAUAAAUUAUAUAUACUGUAAUCUACCUUUAAUAAAUAACAUUGGUAAAUAAUAUAACUGAUUAUUAAAAGAAUUAAAACAGGUGUCCAAAGUGCAGUAGAGCAUUCAAUAAAUCUUUAAAUAAAUAAUCCUUAAAACAGUUGUGAAGUGGAGGUUUAAAAUACACAAGAAUAACAAUCCUUUAACACGAGAUUAAAACGUCAACAGGAAGCAGUCUUCAAAAAACAGAUGACAAUCCUCGGUGCUUCUUCUCUGUUAGCGUCUCACCUGCUUCUCCCAUGCGGGCUCUGCAACAGGCGAGACACUUAAUGCAGCUGACCUUCUCUACACCGUCCUGCUUCAGCUGUUUGGGUCGCCUGUUCAGCUACACGCGAGCCUGCACUCGCUCGCUCUCUCGCACCGACUUCCUACUGCUGCGGAUUCCUGCCUCCUCCUGCAACCUCCGUUCUCUCUCCUCUCUUUUCUUUUCUUUUACUUCUUCUCCCCCUUAACCGGCUCGCGCUUCUCUAUAUAUGCGAGGAAGACAUGGCAGCUGCUAGGGUUACCACUUUUAAUACAAAAAAAUAAGGGACGCAUACGUAUUGAUUCAAAACGGGACGCGCAAUUUCAUUCUCAAAUACGGGACGAUUCCGUAUUUUAAAGGACGGGUGGCAACCCUGCCCAGGCCGUCAGCCAAAGGACAAAUCAUGGAUGUGGGCAGUUUCCCACCUGUGCACUUAGGUGAGAAACGCAGACACCGCAGAUCGCCCUGAGGCUCGCUACAGCUACCACACCCCCUCCCUAAGCGGCGAGCUAUACCCACAGCCUGGCUCGUGGCUCGUUACGUGAGCCAAUGCUCAUAUUUAGAUCUGAAUUUUUCACUCAUACUUUCCUCGUAUUUUGAAUUUCUCGUAUACAGAGGUGAUCGUAUCUCGAGGUUCCACUGUACAUUCUAAUUUAGAUUACAUUAGUGUGUGUGUGUGCCCUGCGGUGGGCUGGCACCCUGCCCGGGGUUUGUUCCUGCCUUACGCCCUGUGUUGGCGGGGAUUGGCUCCAGCAGGCCCCCGUGACCCUGUGUUAGGAUAUAGCGGGUUGGAUAAUGGAUGGAUUAGAUUAGAUUAGAUUAGAUUAGAUUAGAUUAGAUUAGAUGAAUUUCCCUAUGGGAUUAGUAAAAUUUUAAAUACAUACAGCAACAGAAACAUACAGACUCACAGGACUGUUUAUAAUAAUGAGUACAUUGUUAAUUUAUAUCUUGCUGGUCUUCAUGCCUCUGAUUAGCAGAUCCUAGGUACAAAUCCCAUGGCCAGUCAUUCUGUGGGUAGAAUGUGUCCAUUCUCUCCAGGUUUAUAUGGUUUCCCUCCCACAUCGAUGUUAGGUUAGUUGGCGGCUAUAGAUUAGCCCCUGUGUGUGUAAAGGUGGGUGGGUGAGCCCUGUGGUGGGCCUGCCAGGAUGGGCUCCGGCUCCUAAGACCUCCAGAUUGGGUCAAACAGGUUUGAGACUCUUGCGCUGUCUUUAAUUCGGUAAGGUGGUGCUAUUCUAUCCUGAGCCUUCCCAGAGUAAAUCAUUCCACUAAAUCACAUUUCAGAAGACACUAACUGCACAUUUCUGACGUUUUUUUAAAUUGUGUUUUUUUACUUAAAUCACCUGAAGUUUAUAUGAUGCUCCGGACUACGCAGCAAUGACAAAGUAAACAGCAGUAUUUUUCUUGGAAACCUCUAGGAUACAGUAUGUAAUUAAAAAAAUAAGCACAUGCCAUAACAUAAAAAUUAAAAAAAAUGUGUUUUGCGCUGUACAAAAAAAAAAAAAAAUGUUAUUUUUACUCUAAAUCAGAUUUUUUUGAAUUGUCGUCAUGUAAUAUAACAAUGCCUGGAAGUAGCAGGCUUUUUUUUUUUUUUUUGUAAAAGAUGUAAGUUUGUGUUCAAAUUGUCUGUAUAAAGUGUAAAUAACUAGGUUGUUAAAAAUGCAAGAUUUUGUAGAUAUUUAAUGCCAAUCAAGCUGCCUUUUUAAUUAUUUUGUUGUUAUAUGUGAAUGUUUCUGAGGGGGCAGUUUGAAUUUAUGGUUAACUUAACCAGUUUUUGUUUUGUUCUGUUUUACAUACAGUAGAUCUGUAGAAAAGAAGGAUGGCAGAGUCUGUUUUUUUUUUUGUUUGUUUUGUACUCUUAUUCCAUCUUUAAUGAUGGUCUGUCAAAAUGUUUCAACUUCAUGUAACCACUUAUUCUGGAGUCUGCACAACGUCGAACGGGCACAACAAGCUCGGUUUCUUUCUGCUGGUGUGAUGUUGUGUCUGGAAUGGCAAAGGCCCGCUUGUCGAGUGUGAGCGGUCAUCACAACCCCAGCCGAGUCAUUCACCCAUAUUGUUUAGCCAUGCUGUACUGUAUUUUUGGCAGUAUUAAACAUGUAGUUUAAUUACAUGAGGCAAAUGUACAAACUGGUUUCUUUUUUAAACUGCUGUUUGUGUAAAAACAAUAAAAAAUAAAAUACUUGA